AUGAGCGACGAAAAGUCGCUGGAGAAGGAUGCGGCCGCGUUCAGGAGGCUGGCCUUCAUCGGUGUUAGUGUAUCCACCGUAUCAACACUCAUCUGCGUACUAGCAGUCCCGUUAUGUUAUAGCUACCUUCAGCAUUUACAGUCGAUGAUGCAGUCAGAAGUCGAUUUUUGCCGACAGCGCUCCUCGAAUAUUUGGCGGGAGGUGACGAAGACGCAGGUACUUGCCCAAGUCGCCGGUGGGAGAAUAAAGAGGCAAUCGGGUUACGAGACUCAAUCGCUCGGAGUUGAGGGCUCUUUUGGACCCGUUCAAGGCGCAUGCUGUGGCUGCGGAGUAUCGCCUAUGGGACCACCUGGACUCCCUGGCCCGGAUGGUCGUGAUGGAGAGGACGGAGCGCCUGGAUUCCCUGGGAAGAAUGGACCUCCUGGACUUGAGGCUCCUCCACCACCGAGCUUGGACUGGUGCUUCGAAUGCCCCGACGCCCCAGCUGGUCCUCAAGGCCGCCCCGGACCCAAGGGAUACCCAGGUGGCCCCGGAAUUCCUGGAGCACCAGGAUCACCCGCUAAAUCUGGACCUCGCGGAGGCCAAGGGCCGAUCGGUCCCCCAGGGACCCCCGGUCUCCCCGGCUCCCGAGGCCAACCUGGUGCUCCCGGCGUCCUCAGCGAGGUCCCCGGCCCUGAUGGAGCCCCAGGAAGACCUGGAACUCCUGGCGCACCAGGCCCUGACGGAUUCCCAGGAGCUUCUGGGAAGCCUGGGCUUGACGGCCAGCCCGGAGAGAUUGGAAACUUGGGCGCCCCGGGAGCACCAGGUAAGCCGGGCGGCCCUGGAGGACGAGGACCCGAUGGUGUCGCUGGGAAUGCUGGUGGAUGCUCACAUUGCCCGCCACCGAGAACUGCGCCUGGAUAC